UGGGUUAAUGCUCUCUCUCUAUUCAGGUCAACACAACUCAUACAUUAAUUACACAACAAAUGGUUAUUAAUAUUGUAAUGUCUGUAUAUCUUAUAUAGACAUAAAAUAUAAUGAGGCGAAACGAGAGUGGUGUCUUUCAAUGUGUUUACUUCUGAACUGCCAGACCAGACUGCCAAACAUGGGGUAACAGGCAUCCCAUAAUACCUUGCGCAGGUACUUCUUAAAGUGACCAUAACACUGUUUUAUACAUUACAAAUAUCAAUAUUGUAUUACUCAUAUGUGACAUCAAGUUCAGUGUUCAGCUAGCAGUGCCUUAAAAAAAUAAAUCCUAACAUGUCCUUGUCUCAGUCUGAUCCAGUUCUUCUCUAAGAUGAGGAAGUGGGCCGACAUGUCCAACCUCUCGCAGGACUUCAGGCUACAAAUGGAUGGCUGGAGCGAAACUUUGAGGUCUCCACCGUGAUCUUCCGCAAGUUUGAUGUCUUGAUUUAGUACGAGAGGAAGACGCUACUGUCCUCCCUGGAGGCUCAGCUCACACAGCGCCACCUAGCGUCCUGGGACACCGGCCUGCGCAGAACCAGGAUGGACAUCUUCCUCCCAAGAUUCAGAAUGCAGAACAAGUUCCACCUGAGGUCGGUGCUCCCCGCUAUGGGCAUCAGCGACGCCUUCAACCCCACAGCAGCCGACUUCACCGGGAUCUCAGUGGAGGAGGGUCUCUAUGUGUCUGAUGCCUUCCAUGAAGUCAGGAUAGAAGUCACGGAGGACGGGACCAAAGCAGCUGCUGCUACUGGGAUGGUCCUCCUCAAAAGAUCCCGAGCUCCAGUUUUCAAAGCAGAUCGGCCGUUCUUAUUUCUACUGCAACAGGUUCACACAGUGGUGAAAUAAAAAAACAUCCAGGAAACUUUUCUACAUUGAUGCAACGUUUCCCAGAGCUUCAUCUGAUGACCUGAAACAGAACUGACCUGCUGAUGGAGGACCUGUUGAAGAACCCUAACUCUGUAACUGAUGAAGAUAAAGAAGAAGGUUUUCCUGUCAGGUGUAACUGAUGAUGAUGAAGGUUUUCCUGUCAGGUGUUACUGAUGAAGGUGACGAUGGGGGACGACUGGGGGACCCUGACGGGGUGAGCUGGUGUCUUCAUUUGCACAACUGACUUCCCCUCUUGGACGUCCCUUUGUUCUGCCCCUAGUUCUGCUGCUAUAGGCCUAGGCUGCUGGAGGACCUCUCUGGAUGCACUGAGCCCUUCUCUAUCUAGCAUUAUAUACAAUGGUAUACCAUAAAUAUAUGUUCCAUUAUUGCAUUACACUCACUCUGUUUCUCCCUGUGUCCUUUCUCCGAGUGUCCCUGAUCCCAGAGCUGGAUGCUUCAGAUCUGUGGUGGUUCUCCCACCAACUGGCCUAAUCUCCAUCUGUGGGAUGCUGCUGCUGACCUUCCUCCAGCCCACUGCUUCCAGCUGCCCAUUUCCAUCAAUCUACUCUGCAUCACCCUCACUAUACUUGAUUUGCUCGUCUACAUAUUUUUGAAUUUACCACCAGCUAUAUAUGUAGUAUAUUUAAUGCCAGAGCCAUACACCAUAGCAGUAAACUAUAAUCAGUUUCCAGCCCAGAGGGAUAUAUGCACAGACUUUUUUAAAUACCAUGUAGAAGACUAUAUACAGGAAGAUGAGGUAUCAGUUCUUGCACAUAGAUAUACAACAGUCCUUUAUUACUCCCCAGGUUAGGGGAAAUUUCCAGUGUUAGAGCAGCAAAAAUCUUUCAGAGCAGCACUAACUACAGUUUACUACAGUAAAGAUAAUAAUUAUAAUAACAAUAAUAUAUACAAGAAUGAAAAAUGAAUAAAUACAGUAUUACUACACUAUAAGUGACAUCAGCAUAAAGUGGCUUGUGGAAUACAUGUAAUUGUAAAAGUGGUGAAAAUGCCAGCAGUGCAAGAAGUUGUGGAGAUUUUCUCAAAACAGGUGAGUCCUGUGAAUAUGACCAAAAUAUGAGAUAAAACUACCAGAAACAUGUACAAAAUGACCAAAAUAUGAUUGGUUGAUAAUGUAUCAGUGUUGUUAUUGAUUAUUGAUCGGUUGCAGGGACAGAGAUUUGUGUCUGAGUCUCUGCUGUCAUCUAAUCGCUCUCAUGUAAGAUCGUGUCACAGGAGGGGGCGCUACUGACCUCUUGUGGACACAGGCGGUAACGACACGACAUUAUUAUUAACUGUAUAGCUGGCGACAUUACAGGUGAGCAGCACUUCCUGUUCAUCUUCAACGUAAAAGCAUCUUUCUUUAUUGUACAUUUUAUGUCAAACGUAUUACUAAGCGAUUUUGGUCGAUUCAGAAGGAUCUCUGGUGUAAACCAAGUCGUAUUUAACGACAGCUAGCCUCUCCACUUGCUCCGAUUACUUUUGUUGUAGUCUGAGUCACGUCCAAACAGGAAAUGAAUCCACAAUGUAGCCAAUGACAAUCUAUAGCUGCAUCUCCGUGAUGGCAGCGUUAGCGAGCUAGCAGCUAAUCAGAAGCUAGUGACAAGCUAACUCCAGCGCUACCAGCAGCGUCUCUUUAAAAGGUGCUGAUCACGAUAUCAGGCUGAAACAUUAGACCUGGGACAGGAAACGGAGCUAGAGCUCUGUGUCUUGGAGAGAAUUGAUUUUAGAACUACGUGUGUUAGGGUAUUAGUCCGUGUCAUAGCAAACCCUCGUUAGCACUUCCGCUAGCUCGGCUAACACUUCCGGUAACGAAUGCAUUUGUACAUUAGCUAUAACGUGUUUAUUUUUGAACGUAUAGUGACAACAAACACAAUUUGAGGGAGUCGAUAAGCUAGUGGUCCUGAAAUAGAUUUUGGUUCAUACUGCAGAUUCUUCUGAGUCUCACAAAACCACGUUUUAGCCUAAGAGCAUUACUAUAGUUUUACGUUGAAACAGGAAGUGCUGCUCAUCUGUAAUGUCGCCAGCUUUGCCUCAAAUAAUAAUAAUAAUAGUGUCGUUACCGCCUGUGUCCGCCAGAGAGCAGUAAUGUGUACACUAAACAUAAUUUCACAAGACUUGAAGCCUAAAUAUGCUUAAUUUUCUCUGAUGGAAAGAAAACUAAUGAAUUCUUUCUGUUUUUAACGUUUCUGGCUGAUAAUUGAGUCCUUCUGGUGAUAAUUCUGGUCGUUAUAAGUGUGUACGUGUGUGAAAUGAGGGCUUUUUAUCACGUCUUUAAAAUUAUUUCUAUUUUAUAUUUCCCACUUUUCUGUUUCCUUUAUAAAUGGACAAUAUCCGACCUAAACGUGAGAUUUAUGUUUAAAAUACUAUGAUUUUAGUUUCUGAGCUCAGAUGUGAAAAUGUGUUUUGUUUUUUACUUAUUUAAAAAAAAAUUCUACUGUAUGUUUUCCUUUUUUUGAUAUUUUUCAAAUAUAUCAGUAAAAAUGUAUAAAUUUAUAAAGAAUAAUUGGAGAUUGGAGGUUUUUGCAUGGAUGAUUUAUAUGAAAUGUUCUUAUCAGUGUUUGGAGUAUUUGUGAAAUGUUUUAGUAAAAUAUUGGACUGAAACAGAUUUUUAUUUUCUAUUUUCAUUUUGAUUCUAAACAGCACAGAAUCUGAAAGAAAGUGAAAUGUAAGAGUUUUUUUGUGUGUGUUUUUGUCCUUGUUAGGUCAUAAAACAAGUUUACUCGUGUUGUCGUGGUGUUUUGGGCACUAAAAAUGUUUGUUUUUCCACUGACAAUAAAGAAUCUAAUCUAAUGGAACCUGUUCUCUCUGACUGGAGUUCAGGUUUCGUUGAGUCAGUUUACACUCAGAAAGUCCGAUUUUGUCAAACCUUGUUCCCACAACAACAACAGGAAGCUGCAGAAUUUAUGCAACAAAAGCCUUUUUAAAAAAAAAAUCCUCUUCCAGCUUCUGUUGGUUUUAAUAAAAUGAUCUUUUAGUA